AAUGGAAGCGGAGUUCGCAGUGACUACUGCAAAGUUGAUAGUACUGUCAGUAUUGGUGGGUGGGUUUUUGUUCUUGUUUUCAUAUCUGUGUGAACUUCUGCUGUUGAGGCCUAAAUCCAUAAGAUCCAAGCUGGAAAAGCAAGGAAUUCGAGGGCCUCCACCUACAUUUUUGUUGGGAAACAUCCCUGAAAUGAAGCGACUCCAAAGCAAGCAGCAGGGUCAGUCAAUAGCAACAAGGAGUGAUGAUGAAGAUCAUGCAGCUUCUAUUUCUCAUCAAUGGCAUUUGAAACUCUUCCCUCACAUAGAGCAAUGGAGAAAUGAACACGGUCCGAUAUUAUUGUGUUCAGCUGCGCACAUACAACAAUUACUAAUAACAGAUAUGGAAAUGGUGAAGGAAUUUAUCUUGUGCAAGUCUAUAGUCUUGGGAAAUCCUUCUAUUACAUCCAAGGUUCUUGGGUCACUAUUGGGAGAGGGCAUUUUAGCGUCGAAUGGAUCAAUGUGGGAGCAUCAACGGAAAAUUAUUGCUCCUGAACUAUACCUUGAUAAGGUGAAGGGCAUGAUGAACCUGAUAGUGGAUUCUACAACCUCAAUGCUAAGAACUUGGGAAAAUGAAGUCCAAAUCCAGGGAGGACUUGCUGAAAUCAGAGUUGAUGAUCAUUUAAGAAACUUAUCAGCAGAUGUCAUCUCGAAAGCUUGUUUUAAUAGCAAUAAUGGUCAAGGAGAAGAAAUAUUUUCAAAAAUUAGGAAGCUGCAAAAUGUUUUGGCGAAGGGAUUGAUGGGGAUAGAAGGCUUGACCAGAUGGUUUCCGACAACAGAAAAUAGAAAGAUCUGGAGAUUAGAGAAGGAAAUUGAAUCACUUAUAUUGAAGGUGGCAAAACAACGCAGUGAGGGUUUAUAUGCGAAGGAUUUGCUGCAAAUGCUCCUGGAAGGUGCCAAAAGUUCUGGUGACUUAAAUGGCCUAUCACAGAAUAAGUUUAUUGUUGAUAACUGCAAGACUAUGUUCUUUGCUGGCCAUGAGACCACUGCCCUUGUAACAUCGUGGAGCUUGCUGUUACUAGCUCUCCAUCCAGAUUGGCAAGCUCGUGCUCGUGCUGAGGUACUUGAAAUCUGUGGGGAGAAGCCUCCAGAUACAGAUAUGCUUCGACACAUGAAAGUGCUCACGAUGGUGAUUCAGGAGGUACUGCGUCUUUACCCGCCCGUCUUCUUUGUAGCAAGAGAGGUUUUUGAAACUAUAACAUUCAAAAAUAUUACUAUUCCAAAGGGUACGCUCCUUCAAAUACCAAUCCCCUUCUUACACCAGAACCCUGAUCUAUGGGGCUCCGAUGCUCAUAAGUUCAACCCAGAAAGAUUUGCCGAUGGGAUUAUCAAGGCUUGCAAGUCUCCACAAGCCUACAUGCCAUUCGGAGCAGGUUCUCGUGUAUGUGUUGGUCAACACUUGGCUAUGACAGAACUUAAGGUGUUUCUCUCUAUGAUUCUCGCAAAGUUCUGCUUCUCACUCUCACCAGCAUACCAGCAUUCCCCUGCGUAUAAUAUAGUUACUGAGCCUGAACAUGGUAUUAUUCUGCAAAUGCGAAGAGCGUCUCCUUGAUGCAUAGAAAAGCAUAAGGUCAAUUAUAUCAAUGUUACUUUGAUAAUUUGAUUCUGUAUGAUUCUGUAAACGCAUUUUCAUAUAGUAGUAUGCUUGAAUCUUCAUCUAUCAAGCAUUUCCUUU